AUGGCCCCCGUGCAGUCUGUUGAGAUUGGGAGCGACGCUGACCUUCAGGUCAUGCAGGAGGAGGCCCUGUCCUCCCACGUUUCUGAAUGGCUGCAGCAUCUCCGGGCAAAGGGCAAGUCUCUGCGCCCCGAGGAUUCUCGCAGACUUCGGACCCAGUUCAUCGACGAAAUGCUCGAUGACAUAUUCGAAAUCCUGCCGCAACCUCUGAGGGAGAGCGAGGCUGAGUUGGACGCUCGUGUGUCCUACCUCAUCCACGAUUUCCUCAAGAUGGAAGCGGAGGCCAAGGUGGAGGUAGACGCAAGUCGCCCUCCACAUCGACAGGUCUGGGACGCGAUGCUCGCGAAGGCACGACUCCACAGGAGCGGGGCCAAGGAGUAUCGCUACCAGUCCUUUAUUGACAAUCAGGGGAGUGAGAAGCUUUUUGCCCUGCUCGAGAAAUGUGCUGACGACUUCGUCUGGAAGAACUGUGUGGUCGAUGGCAAGGCCAUCGAUCCCGAGUUCCUUCACAGCAUGAAGGAAGACUACCGGCACCAACGAUCAGGCUGGUACCUCAUCUUCAUGUGGGAUGAUGAGCGUCAAGUCUGGGAGUGGUAUCGGGUCUACGUCGGACAGGCCGGCGGCGGUGACAACAGUACGCGCACCAUUUUGGUCCGCGCGAACGAACACCGACGCAACGCGAAGAACAUCGACUGCACUCAACUCGUCUAUCGCGCGUGGAGGGCGUUCGAAGAUGAGGUUGAUGAGGUUGACGAGGAUAAGAUGAACAAUGCGAAGAUUCUCAAGCUGGGUUUCGCGCCGGAUGAGGGUGUAUUUCCUGAGUCCGGUGACGACAGCUUGUUUCUGAACAUCGGGGAGAUGUAUUUCUCCCUCAUCUUUCGUGGUCUUCAGGUCCAUGACCUGAUCAAGUGGCUGCCCGAGGGGACUGUGGCAGACUCUUCAGAACUGGCUCCGGUUGGUCUGAAUGUUGCUCUGCCCCUUGCUCAGGGAAAUGGCCUCGGCUCGAGGAUGGCGUUUGGCAAACUUGCUAAUUCGCCAGACCCCCAGGUUCGUGAGUAUGUCAGAGGUAUCCUCAGGCAGAACCUCCAAAAAGUGGUUGAUGACAAUUUCAAGAGCAUCACCAACGCCAUGCGCAAGAACGCCGCUUGGGCCAACGAGAACAUCUUUCGGGAUGGUCCCGCUGGCCAAACCGUUGAGGUCAAGUGUGGUUCCUGCGAUUGGGUCAAGGAGGACGACACUCCGCGCUACCUUGUGCGGACUGGUCAGUACCUCUCGCGUCCUAGUGGUUGUGCCAAUUGUCCCCUGUCGCAGGCGGACAAGAAAGCCAAGCGCUCGACGGCGAAGAAGACAUUCUUCCCGACAGAUGACAAUCUGUCGUCGGAGCGAGUGUCGUUAAUUUAUCGACGACUGGGUAAGGAUGGCUGGCCCGAGUACUACAAAGGUGUACGUGCUCGCGCCCCUCUUAACCGGAGAGGAGAGUGA